AUGGAGCCUUUCGCAGCCCGCAGCCCGCGCCGCCCCCCUCACCCGCCGCCCCCGCCAGUAGGGGAAGGCGAGGAUGACGAGGAAGGGGCGGCGGGCGGUCCUGGCUGGGGGAAGGCGGGAGUGGCGGCGGCGGCCUCCUCAGGGGGCGGCGGCGGCGACACCGGCCUCUGGACGGCCGUCUUCGAGUACGAGGCGUGCGGCGAGGACGAGCUGAGCCUGCGCCCGGGCGACGUGGUGCAGGUGCUCUCGCAGGACUCGCAGGUGUCGGGCGACGAAGGCUGGUGGACGGGCCAGAUCGACCAGCGCGUCGGCAUCUUCCCCAGCAACUACGUGACCAGCAGCAGUAGCAGCAGCAGCCGCCUCUGCCUCCGCCAAGGGGCCGCCGCUGCCGCCGCGGAGCUCCGGUCGCACUACCCGCAGACCCCGGCCAUACAGUUACUGGAGAUCAACUUCUCUGAGCUGGUUCUGGAGGAAAUCAUUGGCAUAGGAGGCUUUGGAAAGGUCUAUCGUGCAAUUUGGCUCGGAGAUGAAGUUGCUGUCAAGGCAGCUCGCUAUGAUCCAGAUGAAGACAUCAGUGAGGCUAUUGAGAAUGUCCAUCAAGAAGCCAAGCUCUUUGCUAUGCUGAAACAUCCCAACAUAAUUGCCCUUAUAGGUGUAUGUCUAAAGGAACCUAACCUUUGUUUAAUCAUGGAGUUUGCCCGUGGAGGGUCACUAAAUAGGGUGCUCUCUGGUAAAAGGAUCCCACCAGGCAUACUUGUGAAUUGGGCUGUCCAGAUUGCUGGAGGAAUGAACUACUUGCAUGAUGAAGCAAUCGUUCCAAUUAUCCAUCGGGAUCUGAAGUCAAGCAACAUAUUGAUACUUGAGAAGGUGGAAAAUGGAGACCUGAACAACAAGAACUUGAAGAUCACAGAUUUUGGCUUGGCCAGAGAAUGGCAUAAGACAACCAAAAUGAGUGCUGCUGGGACAUACGCCUGGAUGGCUCCUGAGGUCAUCCGUUCCUCUAUGUUCUCGAAGGGCAGCGAUGUGUGGAGCUAUGGCGUGUUGCUUUGGGAACUAUUAACUGGGGAAGUUCCAUUUCGAGGAAUUGAUGGUCUAGCAGUAGCAUAUGGUGUUGCCAUGAAUAAACUUGCCCUUCCCAUUCCUUCAACAUGCCCAGAACCUUUUGCCCGACUGAUGGAAGAUUGUUGGAAUGCUGAUCCUCAUUCGAGGCCAUCUUUCGCCAAUAUUUUGAACCAUCUAACCAACAUAGAGGAGUCUGGUUUCUUCGAAAUGCCAAAGGACUCCUUCCAUUCCCUGCAAGAAGACUGGAAAGUUGAGAUCCAGGAAAUGUUUGACCAGCUCAGAGCCAAAGAAAAGGAGCUGCGGACGUGGGAAGAAGAAUUAACCCGAGCAGCAGUUCAGCAGAAGAACCAUGAGGAGUUGCUGCGGCAGCGGGAGCAAGAGCUGGCAGAGCGGGAGAUUGACAUCUUGGAAAGAGAACUCAACAUCAUCAUCCACCAGCUGUGCCAGGAGAAGCCCCGUGUGAAAAAGCGCAUGGGCAAGUUCAGGAGGAACCGGCUCAAGUUGAAAGAUGGCAACCGCAUCAGUCUCCCUUCCGAUUUCCAGCACAAAUUCACUGUGCAGGCAUCUCCAACCAUGGAUAAAAGGAAAAGUUUGAUCAACAGCUGCUCCAGCCCUCCUGCCAGUCCUACUAUCAUUCCCCGGCUCAGAGCCAUCCAGUUAACACCUGGUGAAAGCAACAAAACAUGGGGACGCAGCUCUGUACCCCAGAAGGAGGAAGAAGGAGAAGAAGAAAAAAGAGGCCAGAAAAAGAAAGGUCGCACAUGGGGGCCAAGUUCACUUUGUCAUAAGGAACUAACAGCAGAAGAGGAUGGUCUAAAGUCCCUGGUAGAUGGAUCCAGGCAGUGGUCAUCUAGUGCUCCAAACCUAGGAAAAGUCCACAGAACAAUAAUUCCUUUUCCAGGAUUUACAAGCCUAACGGAGAUGGAGAAUGAAGACAAUGAGUCUUUGAAAAAUGGAGAGAGUAAGGUACAGCGAUCCCCCGGAUCUAACCAGUCGUACCUCUGCAUCCCAGCUCAAAAGAAUGAGGACUGGGAUGGCCAGUCCAGUGAUGCCAACGAGGAGAUCACCCCGAUGAACUCUGCCACAAGCACUCCUCAGCUCACCCCCACCAACAGCCUCAAACGCGGGGGCUCCCAGCACAAGCGGUGCGAGCUUGCCUUUCUUGGCUGUGGGGCUGUGCUGGCUGCUGCUGGCCUAGGCUUUGAUCUCUUGGAGGCUGGCAAGUGCCAGCUGCUAACCCAGGAGGAGGUGGAAGCCCCCAAGGAAGAGAAGAAGAAGCGUGAAAGUCUCUUCCAGCGGGCUGGGCGCUCCCGCCGGAGUACCAGCCCGCCUUCGAGGAAGCUCUUCAAGAAAGAGGAGCCUGCGUUCUUGCUGGGCGAGCCAUCCAACUCUCUGACCCUGCUCUCCUUGUCUUCCAUUUCCGAAUGUAACUCCACCCGUUCCCUGCUGCAUUCAGACAGUGAUGAGAUUGUGGUGUAUGAGAUGCCUACCAGCCCUGUGACAGUGAAGGCUCCCUUGCCCGUAGUUAGUAACCCAUUGGUUAAUAUCCGUGUUGAAAGAUUCAAGCGGGAUCCCAACCAGUCCUUGACCCCCACCCACGUGACUCUUUCUUCGGAAGCCCCACGAGUGGGGCACAGACGUACCCCCUCUGAUGGUGCCAUAAAAGUGGCUGGUCUGCUUGCCAAUGGAUGUUCCUCCAGUAAUUCUCCAACAGGAGCACUGGGAGCAGGUAUAUUAAAAACUCCCAGUCCAGGUCAGGGUCCAAAUGAAGUCCCUCGACUACCAGACCCCAACCUCAUCUUUCCUCCAACCCCCAGGCGCUAUAACACUCAGCAAGACUCCGCGCUGGAGAGACCCAAGACCCUGGAAUUCCUGCCUAGGCCACGCCCUUCCGCUAACAGGCAGCGUGUUGAUCCCUGGUGGUUUGCAUCGCCCAGUAACGCCAGGGGAGAGUCCUCCGCUAAUAGCUCCAGUACUGAGACACCCAGUAACCUGGACUCAUGCUUUGCCAGCAGCAGCAGCACUGUGGAAGAGAGGCCUGCGCUGCUUUCUUUCCAUGUCAGACUUCCUGAGGAGGAGCGGACACUCUUGGACAUGGAUGUGGAAGGCCAGAGCCAGGACAGCACUGUGCCGCUAUGCAGAACUGAACUCCGAACACGCAAACCUGCAGCCUAUGAGCUCAAGCAAGAGUUUUGGUCCUAGCAUGAAAUCCACAAGGGGUUGGUCAGCUCCUUUUUGGUUCAGUCCUACUUCUUGCACUAAGAAUGCACUUUGAAGAUAAUGGAA